CGAAUCGCGAGUACGUAAACGUGCGCGCGAACGUUGCGCUCACACGCAGACUACGCAUCCGUGUCUUGUGUCAGUGAAUUUGAAUUUCGAAUUGUGUUUCAUUUUUUUCUUCUCUUUUAUUUUUCGUGUUUGCGGCCUUGAUCAUCGAUCACGAGAUAGCGUCCUCUGGCGUGAACCAUCGAUCAAACAAAACGGUUCGUUCCCGGGACAAAUUACGUCACCAACAAAUAAGAUACAACCAUGGGCUGUUCAAAACUACUAAUCAAGUUGGUGUUCCUGGGCUUAGUACUUCACACACAAAGCGCGCCGUCAAGACGAUCACGAGAUGCAACUCUUCCAGAGGAAACAAGCACCGGCCGACACAGUAAAUUGCAAGAGAAAUUUAAAGAAACUACAACAACAGAAGCACCUACACCCAAUAACAGACGCAACAAGGCAUUAAACUUAUUUGGCUACUUUCCUUCUUACUUGUCAUCGGGCUUAGAUUACAACGAAGACGAUGAUGAUGACGUCACAUUUUCUGUAAAUGAUGACAAUUUCGACGAUGAUGAUUUAUCACGUACCAUUCCUUCAAGACGUCGACAGCAGAAUAAGAAGAAAAACGGAAAUGGAGAAUCUUUUCCCAAUGACAACAUCAACUCUCUCCAGUAUGACAACUCUCCCAUUUUCUAUAUCAGGUUGCCUCCCACUCCUUACAUGUUUGUACCAGGAUUAGGUUAUGUAUCGCAGCCUCCUAGUAUUGGCCCACCGAUGCCUCCGAUGAUGCCACAGAAUGUCCCAUCCCAAGUGUCAGAUCCAUUCAUUAAUUUGCCUCUGGACUUCGUAUCGAAUGGAAAACCCACAGGAGUUUAUCAAUGGAGUGGCGCUCCUGCUUUCCCACAGAUGCCUAUGGACCCCUAUGGAUUCGGUGGACCUCAACAACUAAUGCCUUCUGGAUCUCGUCCCAGCUACAAUGCCCCAUCAUAUUCAAAACCGAAACCCAAACCAGCUCCAAACAAUUCUAAAAUCACAAACUUAAAGGGCCCGUAUGUAUUUAACGGAAAGCCAGGCGACAGCGUUUACGUGCUACGAGACACUUACAACUCUAUUUAUUCGGAUGCUCUUCAGAAUUUCUAUCCUUAAGCUUUUGUUUAUUGGUACAUGAAGUUAAAUGGCUCGUAUCGAGCUCACAUUACUUUGGAGUCUGAUGAGAUAUUAAUGUGUAAUAGCGACAUAACAUUAUAUAGUCGUAAGAAGGUUGUAAACGUUUGCGACAAGGGCCGAGCCAAUUGUUCACGAAUUUAAAAAACAAUUGCUUAGUUGUAUUUGGACUAAAUGAUUGAUAUUUAUCUACAAGUUCGAACGAAAAUUUGAACAUAAUUUUUGGAUAACGCUAAUUAUGUUUAAGUGACCUAGGUUCAGAAGAAAUACGCCUGUUUGUAUAGUACUACAAUAUGUAGGUACUAUGAAUUGUUAUAGUCAUCUAGUAACAUUUAUUAUGUGUAUAAUUUAUUAAAAAAGUUCUUAGAACACAUACUUUGUCAUCAUAUUUAUUAAAUGUAACUAAGUAAUAAGAUGUAAUUCUAGUUUUUUCUUCAUAAUAUAGGUUAUCGAUAUCGAUGUAAUCAACGAUAUAGGAGAUUAUUAUAAUUUAGUCUCUAGUAGUUCUGUCUUUAGUAAUUUUGAGUCAGAGUAAGGAAUACAAUAUAGUUUUUUAGUAUUAGAUAGUAUUUAUUAUUAUUAUUUUUUUAUUAAAUUUACUUCGAUGUAAUAAUAAACGUUCUAAUUUAUUUUUUUAUAAUUUAAGACGUAGGUACAAAACUAUGCUCAAAAUAUAUGCGUGCUAAAUCCGUCCCUUAGGUAUUAUAUAGAACUAAGAAUAAUGCAUUUUGCUCAUAAUUUAUUUAAUUUAAGACUAAUUAUUAUCUACACUAAGGUUCACAUUAAUUACCUAUUUAUGUGAUAGAUAACAUCUAAUCUAAGACUCUCAUUUGUAAUAUUCUUAUGAAAUGAAAAUAAAUGCGAAAAUGAUUGACUACGUUAAGGUAAAAUGGACAUAAAAUUUUGUACUUGUACUUAAGCAUAAUUUGGACAAAAUUGUUAAUAGCUUGUAUUGACUGAAAAAAUGUAUCUAGAUACUAUUUUUGUGUAUUAACCUUAUAUAUUAUUUGUAUUAAAUCAUAUCUUCUUAAUAAAAACAAUAUGAAAACAUGC